AUGAUUAAUUGGAUAUUUUUCCUUUUGAUUACUGUGACUUUUGGUAAAACCAUCUUGUUAACCAAUGAUGAUGGUUGGACUUCAACGGAUAUAAGAACUUUAUAUAGGGAUUUGAAAAAAGCCGGACAUGAUGUAAUAAUGGUGGCUCCAGUAAGUCAAAGAUCAGGAUUUGCUGGACAAUUUGUAGUACCAACAUCAAAUAAACUUGAAACUGAUGGAGAAUUUUCAUAUGUUAAAUCAGGAGCUCCAGCAUGGGAUUAUGAUAAACAAGCUAAUGAUACUAAUAUUUGGUAUUUCAAUGGAACUCCAAGUUCAGUGGUUGCUUUCGCUUUUGAAUAUUUGUUACCAACCAAAUUUCCUGAUACAACUGUUGAUUUAGUUGUUGGAGGAGUUAAUCAAGGACCUAACUUAUCACCAGGAUUCUAUACUGCUAGUGGUACUAAUGCUGCAUGUUAUAGUUCAAUUUACAGAGGAUAUCCAGCUAUCUCAUUUUCAGGUUAUGCUUAUCAAUACAAUAAUUCAUUCUUCAAAGAUUCCAUGGAUACUGAUGAUAUGAAUCCUGCUAACAUUUAUUCCAAAUUAGCUAUUGAUUUGAUUGAAAAAGUGUUGGAAUCAGGAUUACCAGAAUUAACCGGAUUGAAUGUUAAUUUCCCAGCAGCAGGGCAUUUGAAUGAAAAUUGUACUGAACCAGAAUGGGUGAAAACCAGGGUGUUAAAUAAGAACAUUUUCAGUCAAAACUUACAAUAUGAUACUGAAACCAACACUUUCGAUGUUAAAUAUAGUACAUUCCAAAAUAUCGAAACUGAUUGUAAAGAUGGUGAUAGUGUUUGUGGGUUAGAUGGAGAAUUUGAUGUUUAUAACAAACAAAACUGUCAAACCACCAUUUCUGUAUUCACUGUGGAUAAUACUAUCGAUAGUACUACCAAUGAUAAGGUUUAUAGCUCAAUUGAAGAUUUAUUUUAA